AUGAUAGUCCCAGUCAAUGGAAGACAUGGUUUUUACCUCGCUUCUUUAUUUGUCAUGUUAUUUGUGGCCACAAAUUUUGUCAACAAGUUUGUGCUGUCAGUUUUAAAGUUCACCUACCCUACCAUUUUUCAAGGAUGGCAGACAGUUGUGGGAGCAAUAAUGAUAAAGAUUUUGAUAUCAGCCGGUAUAAUGGAUCCAAUUACUUCUAAUCUUACUAGGUCUGAUAUAGCAUUAUGGUUACCUGGUAUGAUGCUUUUUGUGGUCUCUAUUUAUUCUGGCUCAAAAGCUUUAGCUUCAUUGUCCAUUCCUGUAUAUUUUGCUCAACAGAAUUUGAUAUUAGUAUUUCGUCAGAUAGCUGUGAUGUCCAUUAAUAAACAAAUAACAAGCAUUUUUAAUUACAUUAUGUUAAUGAUAGUUGUAAUAUCUUGUGUGGCUGUCAUUCAAACUGACCCAUACUUUAAUUCAGAGGGAUAUUUCUGGGUGUGUGUUCAUUUAAUCAGUACAGGUUUAAUAGAAAUCUAUACACAGUUAAUUAAUACUAAAUUAAAACUGAGUAUCUAUGAAAGACUUUAUUCCUGUUAUAUUUACAGUGUGAUAGUUCUCGCACCUUCAAGUUAUUUUCUUGGAGAUGCUUUAGAAGCUCAGAAAUUCCCUUACCUGUAUUUUACCAAGUUUUAUGUUGGUUGUCUCAUGAGUGGUGUGUUUGGACUGUGUUUAAAUCUAUGUGCAAUCAGGCUACAAGAUCUACAGUUGAAAGUUUUAGAUCUCAAUUCAUUAGUAAUAUUAAGCAAAAUUUUAGGCAGCGCAUUGUCCUUAGUCAUAUUCAAAACAUUUUUAACAGGGUCCCAUGCUUUAUGGCUGUUGGUUAAUUUAUUGUGUUCGUUAGCAAUCUGUGAUCCAAACUUUGACAAUUCUUCACCAAAUAUAAUUAGUUUGGGUGAUUUGCCAAAACCUAAAAUACCGGGACUGCAGUUGCACUCAAUGCAACAGGACAUGUUAAAAAUAGAGAUUAGGAAGUGAUAUUUUUAGUGAGUUUCAAGUGGAAUUAAAUCUCAAAAAAUGACAAAAGUAUAUUGAAAGAGUUGUGGAAUAAAGUGUUUACAUUUAGUUUAGUAAUGGUGACUCUAAAAACAAUAAUAUAAGUCUUGAGAGAGUAAUAAUGACUCUUAAGAUAACUAUGACACUUUAAGAGUAAUGGAGUCCCAAAAAAGAGCAAUGCUGAUAAAUAAUAUUUGUACUAGUUCUUUCUCAAGUAAUUGUAAUUUAUGGUAUUGCCAUAAAAGUGCAAAAAUUACCAAAAACUUGGAUAUGGGCAUGAUCCGACCUCAUGUGACCUUUCUAAGAUGAGGGGUCAUGAAUGCUACAUAUUUUAGUGUUCAGUAGAGAUUUAUUUGCAUCUGAUAUUUAGUGUUCAGAGCUCUUGAAAUUUAUGUGCAAUUUUGUAUUUGUUUUUGUGAUAUGUGUUCGAAUAAACGACUGAGGG